UCCAGGACUUCACAAAGGGAUAAAUCAAAUAGGUUUUUGUAAAACUUAUUUUAAAUACUGGUUGAAACCAGACAAGAAUGUGGGCUAAAAAUGAUCUCCCAAGUCACUCCAAGCCAAGACCAAUCCCUAUUAUCUUCAAAAACCCAAAGCCAACACUUGGAAUAAAACACCAGCAGCAGUCAUACAGUCAAGGGAACAAGUAUAAGAAUACGACAACUUGUGUGAUGGUCAAAUAUUUAGGGGAAUAUUAGUAGGACGUGAUGAGAUCUACAUUUGGCAUGGAAGACAUCCUCUCCUCUAGGAAUAAUUGGUUAACAGCCCAGACAAUUAUAGCAGUAGUAUAACAGGACGAGAUAAAAUACUAUGUAUAACAUUGCAAAAAUAAAUCUGAAAUGCAAUAUCACCGAUAACUUGUGUUAGAAAUAAACACAGACAUGGUUGUCUUUCAAUGCUGACAUUAUUAGCUCAAGACUUCUAAGUAAGUAAAGGCCAUGUAGUCAAUUUUGGCUGUAGUAGGGGCAAAAUAAAACUGGCAUAAACAAUCACACAGACGCUCCCUAAAUUAGUCAUGUAUGAAAUGAAUAAAUCAUCUGCGGGGAGACAACAUGUCUUUGUGUCCAAGCCAGUGAAAACCAAUAUGAGACAUAAACGGCCUCCGUGAAUUUGACCUGGUUGACACAGAUGGAUGCCUGAUGCAGAACAAAUAGACUCAGGUUGUGUUAAUAUCAAAAUAUCCAUUCCUGGAAGUAGUGUUUCAUAAGGCUUCAAAUGAUUAAAAACAAAAUUACACUGGGCACGACACAGAGGACAUACAAGGGCGUGAGUAGUUACAUGCAUUAUUUGGCUGUCCCUGGUGCAUUUGUCUAUUAACUUAAUUCAUUAUACACCUAGAAACAUCCUUGUUUUACGAAGGUGGACAAAAAUGAUACGUUUGCAGCAGUACACAGUUUCCCAGUUACUAAUGUAGAGAUGUGCAAAUGUUUACACAGUCAAAUGUGCUACCAAGUAAUCCAAAAGAUUACGUUUAUAUUCAGGCUUUCCAUUACAGAUUUGUGAUCCUAAAAGGGUUUGAUGUUGAGUUCAAGGUCUGUCGGAGUACCUGGUUUCAGGUUUAGUCUUAAACCAACACCAUUGUCUGGAGAGGUCACACUACACUUAUGCAACAGCAAUUAGUCUAGAAAAUGUAAAAGGAGAAGUGAGCCACAGACUGUUCUCAGUGCUGUAAUGUUGCGGUCAGUGCGAGCUGGCUGCAGCAGACGCACAUCCUCUGAAACCUCUACUCCUAACUGUACACAUCAUACAACAGAGUCAUUUGGAUAAAGUCACAACAAGGCAAAUUGCCAAAUUUCCCUGUCUAAACUCCGGCAACAGCUGAUAGAUCAUAUUUAUUUGGCAUUAGCAAGGAAAUAUAACUACAAAUGGGAAACAAUGGGGUAAUUUUGUGCUUGAAGAAACAUUAACGUUAAACCCAAGGUGGGUGCAGGAGAACACCACUGGAAUGUGAAGUUGACACUGUGGACAGUGUUGACUCACUCCCCCAAAUAAAUGACAACGGUCAAGCCUAUAAGAGACCCCUCACUGUGACCUGAAGCUUUUCACUGCUGCUGAGGAGGCGACUGUCCAGGAUCUGUCGAAACACCCUGCUGCAGGUGCACUUUAUCCAUUUCAUUAUCAAGCUAUGAAAUGGACGGGGUCAAAAGAAAUAUCCUUCUGUACUCGCUGUGCUGCUGCUAUGUGAUCCCACAGUAUCUCUGCACUGGACUUCAUUCUCAGACUGUGAGAUUUUCAUCUCAAGUUGGUAUUCAUCGGGAGCAGCAGUCCGUGUGCCCUCAGAUCAGCGUCGGGGAGGAUUAUUUCCCAGGUUUUUACAUCAUGUCCCAGUUCCAUAUUGCUGAGCUGGCGAGGAGGGGCACCGUUAAAAAGGUUACCGGAUCAUCGCCUCAGCAUGUUGCCUAUCAGAUAGGCCCAGCAUUCAACUUCAGAAUCAAUACAAGAUCAGCUUAUCCCCUGGGACUCCCAGAGGAGUUCACGUUUGUGGCCGUGCUGCGCAUGAGUGGCAGCACCAUCCAUAAAAGCUGGAAUAUCUGGCAAAUGCAGGACGUGAACGGCAACGAGCAGCUGUCCGUCAGACUCAACGGGGAGUCGGAGUCUGUGGAGUUCACCUUCGUGUCGCUGGAGGCCGGGAGGCAGACCGUUGUUUUCGGCCCCUUGGCUUUUCUUUUCAACGAGCAGUGGCACAGAGUCCUGCUGGAGGUCAGCAGGCGCACCGCGACCCUCUCCGUGGACUGCGUCAUGGUGGGCUCCCAGAGAAUACCGCCCCGACAGAAAGUUACUCUGGACGGCUUCACGCUAAUAGGAAAGCUCAAGGACAACCCGGUGAUGGCAGUUCCGUUUGAACUCCAGUCGAUGCUGAUUCACUGCGACGUGACGCGAGACCGGACCGAGGCGUGCCACGACCUCCCGGCCAGGACAUCGCCUGACGUGACAGGGGUGCUGCAGAGGACUCAAGGACCCGCCGGCCCUCCUGGACCUGCAGGUGUUCCAGGAGUUGAUGGCAUUGAUGGGGAAAGGGGAGCAGAUGGCGAGGAGGGACUUCCUGGACCCGAUGGAGACGCAGGUAAACCCGGCUCUACUGGAUUACCUGGAAUUCCUGGAAAUGAUGGUUUGACUGGCCCUAUUGGAGAUCCCGGGCCUGACGGUCCCCCCGGGCAGAAAGGUGAACCUGGAAGCGCUGGGCCUCGUGGAUCACCUGGCGUUGGGCCAGAUGGUGCUCCUGGACCGCCCGGGCCCGGAGGACUUCUGGGUGAAGUGGGAAAAGUUGGACCACCUGGGGCCAUGGGUGUGAGAGGGCCCGGGGGACCUCGUGGACCGACAGGGCCCAGAGGUGCAGCUGGAAUGCUAGGCAGUGCCGACCUGUGUCCAAACUCUUGUCCACCUGGGAUGCCCGGACAUCCCGGCCUCCCUGGCAUGAAGGGCCACAAAGGCGUCAAAGGUGAAUCAGGAGAACCUGGGAAACAAGGCCACAAGGGCGAGGAGGGAGACCAGGGAAGCCCCGGGGAGGUCGGAUCCCAAGGACCAACGGGCCCUCAGGGAAUUCGUGGAGCCAUGGGAAUGAUGGGCUCCAAGGGAGAGAUGGGAGCUCGAGGUCUUGAUGGAGAUCCAGGUCCCCAGGGUGUUGCAGGAGCGACUGGCGAUCGAGGCCAGAGGGGCGUGAUGGGCGAGCUUGGGCCUAAGGGUGAAACAGGCGCUCAAGGGCCGAGAGGAAUCACAGGUCUCCCAGGUCCCAAAGGAGGGGCUGGCUUACCGGGCGUGGACGGACGGGAGGGUAUUCCCGGGAUGCCGGGAUCAAAGGGAAGCGUUGGCAAGGCAGGCGUGCCUGGAGAGGUCGGACUUCAGGGGCUUCCUGGUUUGCCUGGUUCACCUGGACCAAAAGGCUUGAGCGGCCCUAAGGGAGACUCUGGUCAGCCAGGCCUUCCUGGAACACUGGGACCUGCUGGCAAAGCGGGUGAGCGUGGAGAACAGGGGGAGGUGGGACCAGUCGGACCUAUUGGUGAACCUGGAGCCGUAGGAGAGCAAGGCCCUACAGGUCCAGCCGGCAAGCCAGGUGCCAGGGGACCCAAAGGUGACCCCGGUCUCCCCGGUCUCCCCGGUCCUCCUGGCCUGCCCGGGGAGAAAGGAGAGAGGGGAGGACGUGGAGAACCGGGACCCAAAGGAGAACAGGGAACACAAGGUGACGAGGGUAACCCCGGAGACAAAGGGGAUGUUGGUGAGGCAGGAGAUCCCGGAGCUAAAGGAGAGGACGGUAACAUCGGCGAGCCCGGCAGAAGAGGUCCCGAGGGAGGCAGAGGUCAGCCCGGCAUCGAGGGGCCGCCCGGCACACCUGGGCCACGGGGCAUGCAGGGGAACAGGGGUGCACCCGGAGUCAGAGGGUCUCAGGGUCCUGCUGGUAAAGAGCCGAGCGAUCAGCACAUCAGACAAGUUUGCAUGCGAGUCAUGCAAGAACAGCUAGCCCAGUUAGCCGCUAGUUUAAGGAGGCCAGAGUCUGGCGUAGCUGGUUUACCUGGAAAACCUGGACCUCCAGGGCCUCCUGGGACUCCCGGAGACAAUGGCUUCCCGGGGCAGAGUGGAGCGAGAGGCCUUCCGGGACUCAAAGGGCCGCCGGGACAUUUGGGAAAGAAAGGAGCCAAAGGUGAGAUGGGAGACAAAGGCUCCAGAGGGCCCACUGUACGAGGACCUAAAGGUCAGCAAGGACCUCCUGGACUUCCUGGUGAGCCAGGCAAACCCGGCUAUGGUCAGGAUGGUCGGGAUGGGCAGAGAGGACGUCCCGGCACUCCAGGACAGCCCGGUGUUCCUGGGCCUCCCGGUUCAGCCGGUCCUAACGGUUACUGCGACCCGUCAGCAUGCAACCUCCAGGCAGGGGCCGCCCACCAGUCUCUGGAUGUGAAGGGACCUGCAGGGAACUAAAGAGCCACUCUGGCGGAGACAGAAAGACUGUUGGAUUAGCUCCCCCGAGCACACAGCAUUUUUCACACUGUCUUCCUAAGGGGCUGCGGCUGGUGUGCUGCCGCCGAUCCAUUAACCUCUAGUCUUGCGAGCACGCUUUGUGCCAGCCACGUCUCCAUCAGAAGGAGCCAGCCUCUUGCAAGUCAUCUCGAAACACAAAACAUUUUUUAUGUGCUGCGAAAAACCUAGCUCGUUAUGGUGCUUUUCUACCCGAGAGAUGUUUCGAUUAUUUUUCAGGACAAUGUGCUUGUAUUUCUCAGAAGACAUGAAAUGAACACAAUGUUUGUUUAUCCCACUCUCCUUGUACCUCCGGCUAUAUUAUCCUCCUCUUUUUUUCCAUUUACACUGUUUGCUGUAAUAAAAAAGAUCCACUUUUCUAAUAAUCAUCCAAAGUAAGUCAUGAUCAGGAUUUUCUUUUCUUUCUUUUUUUUUUUUUGCUUUAAGUGACUUUUUCAUUUUUUUUUACUGUAUGUGCUAAUGUACCAAAGAUAAACCUACUGAAACCCCCUUCUUUAAUACAGUUCCUUCAGCGCAAAAUAAAAAAGGAGAGAGGAUGAAAAUGUCAUCAAGUCACACUGACUUCAGUACAUGUUGUAAAUCUGUAAAGAAAAAAAAAUGAUGUUUGAAUUUUGGUUAAUUAUAUUUCCUACAAAAAUAACCUGAUGUGAGAUUUUGUCUCAUACUGUACAGAAUGACGACAGAGUUCGGUCGUGCACGAGUGGAAAUAUAUUUUAGGGGUGAGGGUGACCCUCGGUAAGGUCACGAAUAAAGAGAACAACACACACAGUGUUUUAUUUAUUCUGGAUACUGGUAUCAGUCUGUGAUGAUGUAAUGUUUGUGACCAACAUGAGGAGUGAAAAAUCGAUGUUCCCAAUAUAAUCGAAACUGUUACUUCUAAAAAAAUAAAAAAAUAAAGUGACAGUUGACAAAAACAGUGCGAUCUCAAGGCCAGUUUAGUAGCUGUUCUGCACCUUUUGAUGAACAUCCUGUCACAGUCCCAAAUGUAAAUGCUCAGAUUUAAUUUAAUUGUCUACAUUUUCAUGAAAUCCGACACACUUCAUGUGCUCAUGAAGAUCAUGUGACGUGAUGGAAGGCUUCCAGAACAGCUCUGAAACUAUUCUGGAUCUUGAGGUGAGCUGUUUUUUGCAGUCUUGAGAAAAGUAUUAAAGCAACAUUAUGUAGAGCUUUGCCAUUCACGCUAUUACAAUAAACUAAUGUCAAGUUGAUUCUGAAGCCGUUAUUUUAAGGUGAAAAAGUGACAUAAUGUUGCUUUAAGUUAAAGUACCAAUACAAAACUUUGAAAACAUUCCACUACAAGUACACUAAAAUCAAAACCUUAUUAAAUAAAUGUAUGUGAGCAUAAUCAGUGAAAUGUACUUAAAGCG